AAACACCAUCCCCAACUCAUGGCACUGACGAAGUACUUCUGGGCAAACUCAAAUCCUCUGUCAAGUAACAGGAAGUGAGAAGGGGGAAAUGUCACCUCUCUGACGGAUCACCAAAAGCAAAACGGAGUGACUUCUCAUUGUUUUAUAGACUGCAAAAAGAGAACAUCUCAGAAGAGAGCCUCUUCCUGAAAUCAAAGGAUUUAAAGAAAAAGUGAAUUUUUCUUCAGCAAGUUGUGAAACUAUAUCCACAAUCUUUGAAGCCCGGAAACACUAUCCAAACUCUGGUCAAUGUGUUUUCUCACUGGAGAAUCCUCUACGUGUGGCAAUUGGAUUAUCAUCAGCCCUGCCUGUUUUGUACCUGGAAAGUGCCCUGGUCUUACUUGGCUCCAAAUUGUUGGCUUUCACUUUUGACCCCAAGCAUCUGAAGCCAUGGGCCACGCACGGAGGCAGGGAACAACACCAUCCAAGGGUCCAUACCUCAUGUUCCUUCCUCUGUUGGUGCUGUUUGGUCUUUUUCACAUCUGUUCAGGUAUUAUCCAGGUGACCAAGGGAGUAAAAGAAGUGGCAACACUGUCCUGUGGUCACAAUGUUUCUGUUGGAGAGCUGGCACAAACUCGCAUCUACUGGCAAAAGGAGAAGAAAAUGGUGCUGACUAUGAUGUCUGGGGACAUGAAUAUAUGGCCCAAGUACAAGAACCGGACCAUCUUUGAUAUCACUAAUAACCUAUCCAUUGUGAUCCUGGCUCUGCGCCCAUCUGAUGAGGGCACAUACGAGUGUGUUGUUCUGAAGUAUGAAAAAGAUGCUUUCAAGCGGGAACACCUGGCUGAAGUGAUGCUAUCGGUCAAAGCUGACUUCCCUAGACCCAGUAUAACUGACUUUGAAAUCCCAACUUCUUCUGACAUUAGAAGGCUAAUUUGCUCAACCUCUGGAGGUUUUCCAGAGCCUCACCUCUCCUGGUUGGAAAAUGGAGAAGAAUUAAAUGCCAUCAACACAUCAGUUUCCCAAGACCCUGAAACUGAGCUCUAUACUAUUAGCAGCAAACUGGAUUUCAAUAUGACAACCAACCACAGCUUCAUGUGUCUCAUUAAGUAUGGACAUUUAAAAGUGAAUCAGACCUUCAACUGGAGAACACCCAAGCAAGAGCAUUUUCCUGAUACCUCGCUCCUAUCCUGGGUCAUUACGCUCAUUACGCCCAUAAUCUCAGUAACCGGAAUUGUUGUGCUUUGCUGCCUGGCCUACCGCUUUGCCCCAAGAUGCAGAGAGAGAAGGAGGAAUGAGAGAUUGAGAAGGGAAAGCGUACGCCCUAUAUAACAGGAUCCGCAGAAGCAAGAGGUUGAAAAAAACAUCUGAAGGUCCCACCUUCACUUGCAAUUGACCUCUUCUGGGAACUUCUUCAGAGGGACAGGAUUACCCCACCUUGACCUUUGUGUAUCUGUUCUUAGGUGCUUCUUCACUUCAGUUGCUUUGCAGGAAGUGUCUAGAGGAAUACGGUGGGCAAAGAAGUUGCUCUGCUGACCUGGAUAAAGGGGUUUUGAAAUGUGGAAUUCUUGAGUUCUGAAAGGGACUUUAGAGAAUACCAGUGUCAUUAAUGACAAAGGCACUGAGGCCCAGGACAACCACAAUUAUAAAGGCCAGUGCCAGAACCCAGAUUUCCUAACUCUGGUGCUCUUUCCCUUCAUCAGUUUGACUCUGGCCUGUUAGCUGGUGUAUACAUAUACAUGUCAGGCAAAAUGCUGCUGGAAGUAGAAUUUGUCCAGUAUCAGGUCAACUUCAGAGACUUGAUCUGAUUUCAUGUUGUGGUUUACAAAAGUCCAAUAUCAUGUAUAGGUAGUAUGGCAUGAACAUCUUUAGGAUAAUGGAAAUAUUACUGGCGUUUAGCCAGUAUUCCAUUUUUCAUUGUGUUCUCUAUUGUUGCUUUCUCACUCCCCCAUGAGGUACAAAGAAAGUAGAACUAUCCAAAACUAAUCUCCUCUGAUAUUUAACAUGAAUGAUUUAUGUACCUCAAAGCAGUAGUCAAGGAGGAAAGGGAUGGUCCAAAGACUUACAAUCAAUUGGUUCAUAUUGGACUGAUAAUCUCUUUAAAUGGCUUUAUGCUAGUUUGACCUCAUUUGUAAAAUAUUUAUGAGAAAGUCCUCAUUUAAAAUGAGUUAUUUACUGUGUAUGCACUAAACAGUAAGGUAUUUUCCAAUGUCUAAGGUGGUAGCUUUUCACAGAGCCUUCUUAGAUCCCUAAGACGGCUUUUCCUUGGUAUUUCUGGGCCUUUCUGACAUCAGCGGAGAACUGGAAAGACAUACUGUCAGGUCUCCAUGUGGAAGCCUGGACCCAGAAAGUCUGAAGACCAGCCUGCCUCAGCUGAUCAUUCCCCACCCCACAACCCUCACCUACAUAAUACCCCUGCCCCCUCCCCAAAAGAUCUGCCCCAACCUAUAAAACCAACUCCUAUCCCACUGCCCUUCACUGACGCCCUUUUCAGCCUAAGCCCACUUGCACCCGGGGGAAUAAACAGCCAUGUUGCUCACACAAAGCCUGUAUGGGGGAUCUCUUCAUUCAAAGUGCGUGUUUUAACACACACCCAGUUGCUGUUUCUGUUACUCAUGGCUCCUUUCUCUAAAACUGCCUUCCACAAUACUCUAGACCAGGAGUGGAUGCAACUUAAGCUGGGACAGUCACAUCAUCAUCUGAAAGUCUGGAGUUGGAUAGCAAAAGAUGACAAAGUUUCUUAAAUGCACUUCUCAUGGCAGCUAAGCCACAUGGCCAGGAUUCAAAGCCUUUAGAGCCAGCCCAUGACUUUAGCUACCUCACUAUGCUGUUUCACAAACCUUGCUCCUAUGUAACAACUAUAUUCUCAGUGUAUGGCAGAGAGGUCUAACACCAACAAAAGAUACUAACAGUUGCUUCCUGUCAAUAUGCUUAAUUCAGUAAUUCUUUUCAUUUACUAACAGUUGUUAGGUGUAUUUCUAAUCUAAGUAAUUUCUGUAUUCUACAGCAGAUACUUUGUCAGCAAUACUAAGGGAAGAAACAAUGUUGAACUGUUUCUUUAAUAAUGCUGAUCUACUUUUUGUUGAAUUUGUAUUUUAUUUCAAGUGGCAAAGAAAUCAUCUCUGAUUUUUAUUAAUAUUAAACCAAACACUACUACACAUUUAGCCUCACACUGCUCCAGGACCCAAGGGUUUCACAGACCAUUUGCCUUACCUGUUUUUUUCCCUCUCCUCCUUCCAGAAUACCCUUUU